AAGAAAAUUUGAAUGAAAUCCGGUUCUGAUCCAGUUUUAACCAGCCAAAAGCCACUUUUAUCAGACACCCGGUUGCUGUGGGUAUCAAACAGCUCGGCGUCAAAAAUCACCUUAACAAGCGAGGAGGAGGAGGAGGGCGUCUUCUCCCCGUCCGGUUCGGCGACAGGUGGACCAGUUAAAUCCACAGCGGUCUGGUUCUGGUAGUCCGGGUUCGGGUCUCGGUGUCGGGGACUCGUCUGGACGCGGAUCACAGGCGCGCGUCUUCUGACCCGGCGGCGCUCGGCUGUAAGGGGGGUGUGCGGGGCGCGGGACAACGCCACGGGAGUCCGAGGUCCCGAAGGCCUCGGAGCUCUUUUUGUUCCAUAGCGAGGAGACUGAAGCACUGCCGGGGGAAAGAUCUCAGCGAAGCCAUAUAGCGAUGGCGGACUCAGCAGGGCUGCAGUUCGUCAGCUCCUACGCCUUCGAAGCCAUGCAGAAGGUCGACGUGGUUUGCCUGGCUGCCUUGAGUGACCCAGAGCUAAGGUUGUUGUUGCCCUGCCUGGUGAGGAUGGCCCUGUGUGCCCCAGCAGAUCAGAGCCAGGCUUGGGCCCAGGACAAAAAGCUCAUCCUCCGCCUCCUCUCUGGAGUGGAGGCUGUCAACUCCAUUGUGGCGUUGUUGUCAGUCGACUUCCACGCUCUGGAGCAGGACGCACGAAAAGAGCAGCAGCUCAGACAUAAGGCUGGUGGCUCCAAUGGCGAGAGUAUUCUGGUGUCUCAACUUCAGCACGGUCUGACCCUUGAGUUUGAACACAGUGACCCCCUCAGGAGGCUCCGACUGACCCUCAGUGAACUGCUGGCUAUCAUGAACAAGGUGGCAGACUCAAAUGGAGAAUUUUUCUUGAAGUCCUCAGAACUUUUUGAAAGCCCUGUUUACUUGGAAGAGGUGGCAGAUGUACUCUGUAUCCUACAAGCAGAGCUUCCUUCCUUACUGCCCAUUGUUGACGUGGCGGAGGCUUUGCUACACGUUCGCAAUGGUGACUGGUUUCUGUGUCUUCUGGUCGCCAAUGUUCCUGACAGCUUCAAUGAAGUCUGCAGGGGCCUGAUCAAGAACGGAGAGCGACAGGAUGAGGAGAGUGUGGGCGGCCGCCGGAGAACUGAGGCCCUGAGGCAACUGUGUCAGAUGAACCCCUCACAAGCUCUCAACAUCAGAGCCAUGGUGGUGGAGGAGUGCCACCUCCCAGGCCUGGGUGUAGCACUGACUCUAGACUAUAAGCCAGACACAGCAGAUGAAGCGGUCAGUCCCCUGGUCUCCUAUGUCAGCGGCCUUCUGCUUGGUACCAACGGCAAAGUCCGUACCUGGUUCAGCAUGUUCAUCCGCAAUGGGCAGCAACGUAAGCGCGAGAGCAGCUCAGUGCUGUGGCAGAUGCGCAGGCAGCUUCUGCUGGAGCUGGUGGCCAUCCUGCCACGCUCUCGUAGCACCCACGUACCCAAUGACAGCGACAUGGAGGAGGAGAGCCCCUCGGGUUACUCCGGCCUCAAGGAGGAGCACGUGGUCAAGGCCAGCGCUCUGCUUCGCCUUUACUGUGCCCUCAUGGGCAUCGCCGGCCUCAGGCCGACAGACGAGGAGGCAGAACAGCUCCUCCAGCUGAUGACUAGCCGGCCACCAGCAACCCCAGCCGGUGUGCGUUUUGUGUCCCUGUCCUUCUGCAAGCUGUUAGCCUUCCCAACGCUAGUCAGCACCCCAGAGCAGGAGCAGCUGAUGGUAGUGUGGCUCAGCUGGAUGAUCAAAGAGGAGGAAUAUUUUGAGAGUGCUGCAGGCGUUGCUGCUUCAUUUGGAGAGAUGCUGCUACUGGUCGCCAUGUAUUUCCAUAGCAACCAGCUCAGCUCUAUCAUUGAGUUGGUGUGCUCCACUUUGGGGAUGAAGAUAUCAAUCAAGCCCAGCUCUCUGAGCAAAAUGAAGACAAUCUUCACGCAAGAGAUUUUCACUGAACAGGUGGUUACUGCCCACGCAGUGCGGGUUGCGGUGACCAACAACCUGAGUGCCAACAUCCAAGGCUUCCUGCCUAUUCACUGUAUCUACCAGCUGCUACGCAGCCGAGCCUUCACCAAGCACAAGGUCUCCAUCAAGGACUGGAUUUACCGCCAGCUAUGUGAGACCACUACCCCUCUGCACACCCAGCUGAUACCCCUCAUUGACGUCUACAUCAACUCUAUCCUCACCCCAGCCUCCAAGGCUAACCCAGAGGCCACCAACCAGCCUAUAACUGAACAGGAGAUCCUCAACGUCUUCCAGAGCUCUGCUGGAGGGGAUAGCAGUCGAGGAGGGCGCCUGCGCUACACCAUCACUACCCAGCUGCUCAUCCUGUACUAUAUCCUCUCCUACGAGGAGAACCUUCUGGCUAGCACCAAGUUGCUAGCCUUGAUGCAGAAGAAGCCAAAGUCCUACUCUGCCACCCUGAUGGACCAGAUCCCUAUCAAAUACCUGGUUACCCAGGCCCAGGGGCUACAGCAGGAGCUAGGCGGUCUCCACUCGGCACUGCUUCGGCUGCUGGCCACCAACUACCCCCACCUAUGCCUGGUGGAGGACUGGGUGUGUGAGGAGGAAGUGACUGGCACCCUGCCUCUGCUGAGGAGGAUGAUGCUCACCAGCAACACCUGUAGAUACACUCAGAGCCAGCUCCACCAGGCCUUCCAGAAGCUGCCAUCAAGCAGUCCUAGACUAAUGCGGAUCCUGGAGCACCUGACCCUGCUGUCACCAGGUGACCUGAUUCCCUAUGCGGAGGCUCUGACGGAAGGCGUGGCUUUGCUGUUGGAGCCCGCAGUGUCGCGUCGCUUACUUCAGACCCUCAACAAGCUCUGGAUGGGCCUCAACACCGUGAUGCCUCGCAGGUUGUGGGUGAUGACGGUAAAUGCUCUCCAACCAUCAGCCAAGCUCAUCAGGCAGCAGAAGUAUACUCAGAAUGACCUGAUGGUGGAUCCUCUUAUCGUGCUGCGCUGUGACCAGAGGGUGUACAGGUGUCCCCCGUUGAUGGACAUUGUCCUUCAUAUGCUGAAUGGAUACCUGCUGGCCUCUAAGGCCUACCUCCAUUGCCACCUGAAGGAGACGGCCGACUUUGACCGGCAGAGCCAGACCGUUUCAAACCUGGGCCUGGCCGGGCCACCAGACACACCCGAGGUCACCAGGGAGGAGCUGAAAAACGCCCUGCUGGCUGCACAGGACAGCGCAGCAGUUCAGAUCCUGUUGGAGGUAUGCCUGCCCACCUCUGAGGAGCAGCAGCAGCUGGGAGCCAACGCCGAGAGCCUGCUGAAGAGCGUUAGGGACCCUUUGGGGAAAGGGAAGGCAGGAUGCCCGGGAAUGAGAGGAGGGCCGGGGACAAGGAGGCACAAGGAGGAGGCUGAGCCAGAGGAAGGCCUGCUCAGUGAUCUAAGGGAGGUGCAGUGUCUUAUCUGCUGUCUGCUGCAUCAGAUGUUCAUUGCCGACCCCAACAUUGCCAAGCUGGUCCACUUCCAGGGUUACCCUCAAGCUCUGCUGCCUCUGACUGUGGCAGGCAUCCCCUCCAUCCAUAUCUGUCUGGACUUCAUCCCAGAGCUGCUGGCCCAGCCCCAGCUGGAGAAGCAGAUCUUUGCCAUCCAGCUGCUGUCCUACUUGUGCACCCAGUAUGCCCUGCCCAAGUCGCUUAGUGUUGCCCGUCUCGCCAUCAGCGUCAUGGGAACUCUUCUCACAGUGCUGACCCGCACCAAGCGAUUCUCCUUCUUCAUGCCCACUCUGCCGUGCCUGGUGGCCAUCUGCCAGGCCUUCCCUCCACUCUACGAUGAUGUGGCGGCCCUGCUGGUACAGGUGGGACAAGUGUGCGCCUCUGAUGUGGCCACCAAGGCCAGGGACAUUGACCCUCUCAUUGCCCGAUUGCAGUACCUGAAGGAGAUGCUGCUGCCAGGAGGUGGCUCCUCAAAGCUGAGCAUUCCUCAGCGGACGGCGGAGGAAGUGGGUGGGGCAGACCCAGACGUCCAGCUUUGUUACCGCGUAGAGGCCACCUUCAUGGACAUCAUCAGUUCUAGCCUGCAUGGCCUAUAGACCAACCACACACACAGGGGAGGAAGCAGAGGACUGAACUUACACCAGCAGUAACAGAUACUGGGGCCAUUGUUAAGGGAUGACACACGUACUUGAUGUUAUUCAUCCACUUCAGUUCCCUUCAGACUGGAUGAGCACUGAGAUGGGUUUUUUCCCCCGACCGUCAGCUGUGUGUCUACUUGACACGCCUGUGUACUGUAAAUAAAUCCAGCUUAUUUAGGAAACUGUAAGCAGUGUCAGUCUGUAGAAAUGAAAAAAGAUUGAAUUUUGAAUGGGUCUGUUUUCUUGACCAUUGUACACAUAUUUUUCUAAACCAAGUAUUCUUACCUCUUGUCGGCGAUGGUAACUUGUUUUUGUAUUUUGUUUAUUUGUAAUAAAACAAAGAUUGG